AUGAACAACAAUGUUGCUACUUGGAUGAGGCCAAGUUCGGAGCCGUUCUCGGCUCCACUAGCCGUCGGGUUUUCGGCUUGGCCUCCGUCGCCGACACUUCCGCCGUUGGCUCACUCACCGCUUCAGGAUGCAGUCCACGCCGACCACAACCAUCGUCGGAUCCUCAACUCUUGCCGAAAUCUGCCGGAUUGCCUGACGACGACAGUUCCCCAGCUCCACCAGAUCACUUCUGCCGAGCAGUCUCCACUACAGUUCACGCCGCCACCAAAUUGCGAGUUAAUUGUGGUUCUCGACAAUCAAACGACGACUACAGUUUCAACAAUGACACGACGUUCGAAAAUGAAUGCGAACAGUCAUUUGAACGUGCCCUCCUUCGAAAUGAACAUGAGCACGAGCCACGAGUCCAAUGCGACCUUUGAAUUUGACGUACUACCAGAGUACACAAACUAUGCAUACGAUUUCCCCCCGGUUCUUCCCACUGCAUCCGCCACUUCCUCUAGUUCCUCAUCUCAGGCACAAGUUGCCUCAUCUCCAGAUGGAGAUUUUCUCGAUUUGGAUUCGCUGAUGAGUUGUGAUAUCACUUCUCUUGACGCCUACAUCCACGAUGACUCCAUUGCUACCGUCUCCAACGUCUCACCUCUCACUGUAACAACUCCGGAUAUAGACCCAAUUGACGAAUUCUUCCCACAACUUGCGCACACCAAUAAAAUUUCCUCACCAUCUUCCGAAUCAACAAUCACCUCCUCAUCUCGUGUCCGCAAGCCAUCGUCGGUAUCAUCUGACUCAUCAUCAGACUACCGUCAAAAACGUGACAAGAAUAACCUUGCAUCACAAAAGUCUCGUCAAAAACGUCAAGCAAAAAUCCGUGAAGCUAAAGAAGAGCGAGAGCAGCUUGAGAGACGUCAAGUACAACUACAAGCUAUGGUAUCAACCCUCGAGACUCAAGUUGAGGACUACAAGCGAUUGGUUAUGAUGUUUGUUAAACGAUAA